GUCAGCGGCUAGCACGAGGACGAGGAGCCGAACGAGCGCCUUGACUUGGUCGGCUUGGUUAUCCGCCGUGUCGAUCUCGACUUCAAACGCCGCCGCUCGGCAAUGCCGACCGGGUGCUCUGUUCUCCUGUGUCCUAACCGGACUCCACAAAGCCCUCUUGUCCGUGCUAAAAAGCUCCUGUUCCAUCGUUUACCGCGCGAAGAACCUCUCAGGGGUGAGUGGUGUGGGAGGAUUAGUAGAAGGGACCCCGGACAGGCAGACUUGCGCGUGUGCUCCGAACACUUCGACAGCGACCGCGACUACCGUCGUCUGCCUAGUGUUCUUCGCGAUGCCAGGCAGGCGAUGAAGAACGUCUACCUGAAGCCAGGUGCUGUACCUUCGCUCCGACUGCCCCCCACUGCGAAGCGCCUCUCCCCUUCCAAGGACCCAGCCGUGCCAACGUCGAAGCGCCGAAGAACUGAGAACGAUGAGCCGGUGGAGGUGGAUUGCUUCGAGGGGAGUACACAUCGCGAGCACAGCUGCCAAUCUCGUCACCGACCGGUGACACGCGACACAGCGGUCCAGGCCGACCUGCAUGAAAAUCCGGGACCCGCACGGACUCCGAGGUCGCCUGGCACGAAGGACAGUUCUGUGGGCACAGACCGAUGGCUGGGAAAGCGAUCUACCGGCACGCAGUGGAAUUCCUACGCCAAAGGUAUCACCACCCACUGGGUCCAGACCGAGGACUUGGAGACCGAGGACUUGGAGACACCACUGCCGGCAGCAACAGCACAACCACUGCUGUAGCCUUCGCCUUCACCACCACCACCUCUGCAGUGCCACCACGAAGACCGGGCCCGGCAUGGUGCAAUGAGCCCUGUCCUCAGUGAUUCGGACGAGGAGAAGGAGGAAGAAGAGGAGGACAACGACGACUGCGACGGUGACCCUCUGUGGGAGCCACCCACUUUGUCGAGUAAGAAUGGUUUCCUCUUGGGUUGAGGCAGGCUAAAUAUGAACGAACAUUUACCGCUGGCACCAAUAUGUGCUGGCACAUGUCUUGUGCUGCCAUAGCCCCACUGGGGCUGCAGUAUGUAUAAAUAGAUAAAAUAAAUAAAUAAAAAUGCUUCAAAUUAAUAUUACGAGCAAAAAAAAUUUUGUGUAAAAAGGGAACCUUUUAAAAAGUUGUAUAAACGUCAAAUAUCAUUAAAUAUGGAAAUAAAAGGGCAUUGUUCAUUGCCGAGACGUGA